AUGGAUAAUUCUUCUGAUAAUGAUUUUGAUUCUAAUCAUUUAUUAUUUCAUUGUCAUAGUGGUGAAUUAGUAUGGGGUCAAUUACAUUGUAUUUGUGAAGGUUAUUUCAAUGGUCGUCGUAAUCAAUAUGAUAUGCCUCAAUCUAUACCAGAAAUCUUGGGAGGAGGAACAAUAAAACAACGUUCAUAUAAAUAUCGAUGUCGAGCCGUUAAAGGUGAUUGGCAAGCUAAAUUAUAUCGUACUCGAUUGUCUUUGAAAGAUGAACCAUUUAAUUCCGGUUAUAUUAUUUACAAUAUUGAUCAGAAUCCAGUUGAAAUCUUACGACGUUGUGCUGCUGUUGGUUAUUCUCUCGAUCAAACUCACGAAGAUCGUAGUAUAAUAUAUAUCAAUCGAUAUGACUGGUCUUGGCAUCAUGAUUACGAAUUCAGAUAUAAAAUCAAUCGAUUAUUAGGUAUUAAUUAUAAGAAUUCGAACGAUAAUAAUAUAUUGGAAAGUUUAUUUGCUCAGCGAAUAAUAAUUGUCGACUCAAAUUCAGCUGAGAAUAUAAUUCAACAAUUAAAAUCUAAUCCUGGUGAAUUUGAUCAAUGUCAAGAGAAAGUAUUUAUUCAACCUUCUAAUAAAUUGAACAAUCGAAUUGGAGUACAUUUAUCAAUUCCUAAGACUGAUUAUGAACUCGCAUGGUUAGUAUUCAGUAAUGAUCAACCUAAUGCAGAAUUAAUUGCAAUUGUCUAUGAUGGAAGUUAUACUCAAUUAGAUGGUCAAAUUCUACUCGAUCAACAAGAUGUAAUCACUUGGAAUGAAUAUCAAUUGAAAAUAGAAGAACGAAACCGUAUCCAAGCUGAUCGUCUCAAGAAAUUACAAUGUGCUACACAAUGA